ACACAUUUUAUUUUUUCCCUUUUUCUUAACGUUCAAGUAGCCAGCGUUGAGUCUACUUCAAGCAAUGCUUGUCUUGGCGACUGUCUUUUUGGCUGUUUGCGUGCCAUAUAGUUAUGGAAGUAUUUGCUGCACGCCAGAUCAGUUUGAGGCAUUUUUCAUCUUUGAUGACGCUAAUGUUUUUAUUGACGCUAAUGCUGGUACCGCCUAUAGCUAUAUCAACAGCACCGCUCAAGUCUCUUACGACUACACCAGACGAGUGAGUUACAUGAACGUAUCGUCGGUAGAGCUCACCCCCUUAGUACCACAACCUAUCGUGACUCAGUACAAAAUAAUCAAUGAUUAUGUUAAGGGCAUACAGUACCAGUUCUCUGAUGUUCACUGUGAUAAAACAAACAUAGGAACCACGAUGCAACAGCUCUGUAUACCAGAUAACGCUAUCCAGUUGACCAAUGGCUUUAUUGGUAAAAACCAAACUCAGGUGGUCACAUAUCAGUACACCUACCCAGGUUCACCCUACACAUAUACCACUACGAUAAACCCAAAAGCGUGCCUUCCUGUUGCUCAGAUCUACCUUAGCGCUGAUGUAGUGCCAGACAGUGGGACCAUGAACAGCAUGCUGGUUUCGGACAUCUCCCUAGGAAUCAAAGACACGUCUGUUUUUAUCCCGCCAAAAAUCUGCCUCAACGAUAAAAGCAGUCGGGUUGAGAAGCUCCAGUUCAACAGAGUUAUGUCCAGACUACUCAAACUGACCAGAUAUUUCUGAAGUUUAUAUUUUAAAUAAUUGUUUAAGACGGAAUUUGUGUGUAUAUUUAGUCCAUUAAACAGCACAAGACACCGCAGCAGUAGUGAUAGAAUUCCACAAACGUUACUUCUGCAUUACAGUUUGUAAAAAGACAAAAAUUAAAUGUAAUUUUAAUCAGA